CAGAGCAAUACCGGAAGUACUGCGGAAAGUACUCUCUGGGACUUGAAGUGGGCAACUUUGAAGUUAUGUGCUGCUACCUGUUGCUGCAUUUACAAAGUGUUAUUUGCGUAGUUUUACAGACAUUUUUCAGUACUCACAAACUUAUGUUAUAGGAGUCCGACACCAGAAGGGGGUGCUCAGGACAGACACGAGCAUGGGGUUUUAGCAGGAGCGUGGACUCGAGGCGGUGGGUUUGAAUUGCCUAUGUCUGUUGAUCGGGUAACUAAAGCUCAAAGUGGCCCUGCGCAUUGAAAACUACCUACCAGAAGAUUCGGGAGGGGACUUUGGCACAUUGGAUACGUUUUGGAACUCUAAGCUGGAUCUGGGACUUUAUUAACGGCGGUUGGGGGGAAUACUUAAUACGUGACAGGAGAGAUGGAGUCCCAGCCAGGGGAAGGCGCUGGGGCCCCAAUUUCCUCUUCAAAAAGUACGAAGGAGAAGAAGUCAAAGAAGAAUAUUGACGAUGGCGGUGAUAAAAAGAAAUUUCUGGACCGUUUUACCAGUAUAAGGUCAAAGAAGGAAAAGGAGAAGCCCAACUCUACACAGAGGCACUCCUUGUAUUCAGAAGGUUCUGCUCAGCCUUUAUACUUGAAUUCUCUCGGUGAUGAAGAUGUGCUUGUUCUCUUUGAAAAGAUGCUGGAUGAUAUGAAUCUUAAUGAGGCGAAACAGCAGCCAUUGCGAGCGAAGGACAUUGCAAUAAAGCGAGAAAUGGUUUCCCAGUAUCUGUAUACGUCAAAAUCUAGCCAAAGUCAGAAGGAGAGUAGUAAAUCUUCAAAGAUUUACAUUCAGGAAUUGAAGUCUGGUCUUCAGGAUAUAUAUCUGCUUAGCUGUUUGGAAUCAUUGCGAGUUUCACUUAACAACAAUCCUGUGAGUUGGGUUCAAGAUUUUGGAAGUGAGGGGUUGUCCUAUCUUCUAGACUACUUGAGAAGGCUUCAAGAUGAUUCACGAAGCAUAAAUACUCCAGAUCCAAAUGAUUUGAAGAAUCAGCAUGAAAUUAUUAGAUGUCUGAAGGCUUUCAUGAACAAUACGUUUGGGAUUAAAACAAUGCUAAAAACUGAGGAUGGGAUUCUUCUACUGGCCAGGGCUCUUGAUCCAAAAUUUCAGAGUAUGAUGACUGAUGCCGUGAAGUUGCUGUCUGCUCUCUGCAUCUUCCCAAGUGAUGAGCCAAUGUAUGAAAGAAUUCUGGGAUCACUGACUGAACGUGCAGAGAUGGAUAACAUUGAGCGGUUCAGACCUUUAGUGGAAGGCCUGAGCAGUGGGAACAUGGCUCUUAAGGUGUCUUGUAUGCAGCUUAUAAAUGCACUGCUGUGUGCAUCUGAUGAACUAGACUUCCGUAUGCAUAUCAGGAGUGAACUAAUGAGAUCGGGACUGAAGACCAUCUUGGAGGAGCUGCGAGAGUUGGAGAAUGAGGAGCUUAAGGUUCAGCUGCAGGUUUUCACUGAAAAUGGUGAGGAUGAUUAUGAAGAGCUCAGGGGCCGUCUUGAGGACAUCCGCAUCGAGAUGGAUGACAUAAAUGAAGUGUUCCAGAUUAUUCAGAAUACAGUGAAAGAUUCAAAGGCGGAGUUUUUCUUCCUGUCUGUCCUUCAACACCUGCUUCUUAUUCGCAACGAUUAUGAAGCUCGGCCCCAGUAUUACAAAUUAGUGGAUGAAUGUAUAUCACAGAUAGUCCUUCAGAAAAAUGGUCAUGAUCCCGACUUCAUGUGCCGAAAGUUUUCUGUGAAUGUUGAUCAUCUAAUAGACCAGAUGAUUGAUAAGAGAACAGUGGAAAAGUGUGAAGCUAAGAUGAAAGAACUGGAGAGAAAGUUAGAAUCCGAGUUGACAACACGACAUGAGUUACAGGUGGAAAUUAAGAAGAAGGAAAGUGACUUUGAGCAGAAAGUGACUGAGUUGCAAGAAGAAAAAACUACAGUACAUGUGCAGAAAGAAGAAAUUGCUGCUGAAAACAAGAAAAUGCAGAGUGAGAUUGCUAUACGUGAAGAUAAGAUUAAAAACUUGUCUGCUGAAUUAGAAACUGCAAAAGAAAAGAUCACCAAUCUGUCUGCAGCUGCACUUGCUGCAAGUGUUGCCCCAGUAAAAAGAGAAGAUCAUGGUCCAUCACCACCACCUCCUCCUCCUCUGCCAGGAACCAUAGCGGGACAUCCACCGCCACCUCCUCCGCUGCCUGAAUCUACAAUGCCCCCACCACCACCACCACCUCCUCCUCCUCCUCUUCCUGGGUCAUCCUAUAUUCCACCUCCUCCACCUUUACCUGGUGCUUCUGGAAUUCCACCUCCUCCACCUUUACCAGGUGCUUUUGGAAUUCCACCUCCUCCACCUCUUCCUGGUGCUUCUGGAAUUCCACCUCCUCCACCUCUUCCUGGUGCAGCUGGAAUUCCACCUCCUCCACCUCUUCCUGGUGCAGCUGGAAUGCCGCCACCACCUCCUCCUCUACCCGGAAUGGGCCCUCCUCCACCUCCUCCUCUACCCGGAAUGGGCCUUCCUCCACCUCCUCCUAUGCCAGGGAUGCUGCCUCCUCCUUUCUUUGGGGGAAUACCUGUAACUCCUGCUCUUCCUUAUGGAUUGGAAGCAAAAAAGAAUUACAAGCUUGAUGUUCAGCUGAGACGGCCCAACUGGAGCAAGAUCAGCGCGGAGGAACUGAAAGCAAAAAGUUUCUGGACCAAAGUUAAAGAGGAAAAAUAUGAAUCCCCGGAGCUGUUUGCCAAGCUUACAGUCACCUUUGCAGCACAAGCAAAGGCUGCCAAAGUUAAGAAAGAGCAAGAAGGAGAAGAGAAGGUAGCACAAAAGAAGAAAGUGAAGGAACUGAAGGUGUUGGAUGGAAAGACGGGCCAAAACCUCUCCAUUUUCUUAGGUUCGUUCCGUAUGCCAUACCAGGAAAUUAAAAAUGUAAUCUUGGAGGUGAAUGAAAAAGUCCUCACAGAGUCCAUGGUUCAGAAUUUGAUAAAACAGAUUCCUGAGCAGGAACAACUGCACAUGCUAGCGGAACUGAAGGACGAAUAUGAUGAGCUCGCAGAGCCGGAGAAAUUUGGUGUUGUGAUCAGCUCAGUUAAUCGUCUACGCCCACGACUCAAUGCAAUACUCUUCAAACUGCUGUUUGAGGAGCAAGUCAAUAACAUUAAGCCAGAAAUUGUAGCCAUUACAGCAGCCAAUGAAGAGGUCAGAAACAGUGAAAGCUUUUCCAAGUUGCUGGAACUUAUUCUUCUAGUGGGAAAUUACAUGAAUGCAGGUUCACGGAAUGGUGCUGCCUUUGGAUUCAGCAUUAGCUUCCUUUGCAAACUGAAGGAUACCAAGUCGACAGAUCAGAAGUUGACGCUGUUGCACUUCCUGGCUGAACUAUGUGAGGAGCAGUACCCUGAUGUGAUGAGGUUCCCAGAGGAGCUGAGCCACGUGGAGAAAGCAAGCAGAGUUUCAGCAGAAACUCUACAGAAGAAUCUAGAACAAAUGAAGAAACAGAUUUCUACCCUUGAAAAGGACAUUGAAAAUUUCCCUCCACCAACUGACGAAAAGGACAAAUUUGUGGAGAAAAUGACAGUGUUUGUUGGAACAGCCCGGGAACAGUAUGAAAAGUUGGCCGCAAUGCAUGAAAACAUGGAAAAGACAUAUGAGGAACUGGGAGAGUACUUUGUUUUUAACCCAAAAAAAAUCUCAGUAGAGGAGUUUUAUGGAGAUAUUAGCAACUUUAAAGUUAUGUUCCAGCAAGCUGUGAAGGACAAUCAAAAGAGGAAGGAAGCUGAAGAGAAGAUCCGCAAGGCAAAACUUGCAAAGGAGAAGGCAGAGAAAGAAAGGCAGGAGAGAGAAAAGAAGAAGGCUCAGUUAAUUGAUAUGAAUGCAGAUGAAGGUGAAACAGGCGUGAUGGACAGUCUACUAGAGGCACUGCAGUCCGGAGCAGCAUUCCGAAGGAAACGUGGUGGUCCUCGACAAGCUAACAAAAGAGCAGGCAACGCAGUUACCUCAAUCCUCGCUAAAGAAUUGACUCAGGAGAAUGCCAUGAUUUCAACAGUUAAAAAGCGAAAGGAAGAGGAGCAGAAGCAGACUGACCAAACAUUGCUAGAGGAGAUUUUAGAAGAAAUGCCUGCACGUGCAAACUAAAAACCUUCACAGUACCGCAUACCUGAAAAAUAAGACAGUAGGAAGCAAAGUUCAACAAAAGUGCCAAAGAUGUACUGAGACUGUUAUUUCAUUCAUUCAGCUGACCAGAAAUGUGUUCCUGAUGUUGCUGUCUCCUAUAUUCAGAAGUUGCUUAUCUUUUCGAGGAUCACUGAAUGUAAUUUUCUAUCGUAAUGGUCUAAGAUCGCUGAAUGUUCUUUUGAACCUUAAUUCCCUCUGUAUAUCAUUUAGGUUGCAGGAACAAUGUACUGCACGUGAUAUCAGUAUCUCAUUGAGGAUUUAUAAGAUAACAUUUCAUCUAGUACUUUUAAGCUGUCUUUCUUUGAAUAUUUUCAGGUAGGCUUUUCCAGCAAAAGCCCCAGUGUUGCGCUCUAGCCUUAGUUAGAGGGGUGCUACAAUGUUAGGAAUUUAAAUCCCUGAUGUGCAAUUUUAUGCCUAUGCAUAAUAUAAAUGGAAAUGUCUUUUGUGUUGGUUUGCGUUCUUUUGAUUCUUAUGUAACUUUCCCCCAGUCACCAGUAUGAGAGGAAGGGAUAUUGGUUCACUGAACUCUGUAGUCUUUGUAUGUGUAGUAAAAUAUCAGUGUUAGUUAAACUUGCCUUUUAGCACUGUAGAACGUGUGCUAUAGCGCCAUGUUUUUCUUUAUAUGUACAAAGGGGCUUUAUAAUUAUGUAAAAUAAAAUAGUUUCCCUGUCUGCUGACAUGCAUACAAACACUGAUUUAUAGAAUUGUCCGAUUACUGUGGAUAUGAUCAAGGUAAGGAAUACUUUGUCCAUUCCCAAUAAUAAUUUAUUCACAUUCCUUACUGGAAAAAGUAUAAAACUGUGUAUUAUCUUGGGAUUUGUUCUAGACCAGUAUAUGUAGAUACAAGCUUAUAACUCUUGCCUUUUUUCCAGAUAUUUUUCUUACUUAUCCAUUAUCUUACAUGCUGCAGUUUAUUUCAAAUUAUUGUAAUUUGAGUAUGUCCGUCUUAAAAAAGAAAUAUGCAUAUGGCAUUUUACAAUAUAGGAACAUUGAAAUUUUAAUAAUGUCAUAUCUUUGAGAACAUUUGGUUUAAUUUACUUUUCUGUAAUCUUCUCCUACCUCUUCUGUUAUAAAUGAAGACAAAAUAGGCACAUUAAGUAUUAUUAGAGAGAAGCAAAAAAAUUUGCAUUGUACAACAAAAUCUAAUUUUUGUCUUGCAUUUUCUGAGUUUUUGAACUCCUAUUCAAACUGAUGUUCUGUCAAAAAAAUGUAUUGUUGCAUUAGUACCACUUGAAAUAUUGCCUGUCUGUAUUCCUGCUGGGAUUGGUUACUUACACUGCUGUUAAGGUGAAUUUAUUUCUUCUGUCGUACUUAUGUACCAAGGAAAGUUGUUACUUCUGAUAGUUUGAACUACUGUUCAGUUUUUAGUAAGAUUUCGGAUGCGUCCUCUUAUCACUAAAGUUGAAUAGGGAAUUAUAUUUUUAUAAAAAAUGUAUAUUAAGAUUGAUCAUAUAAUAUAUACACGUAUACAUACACACACACACACACACACACACACACAAAAUGGAGCCAUAGUGGUUCUGGGCACAAUAUGUAAUUUUGUUAAAUAGCACUGUCAUGCUUAACUGUGUAAACAUUGUCAGUGAAUUCCAGCUAGUUUUAUCACAGCUAAAUUAGUUCCUGACACUUUUCUAUAUGGCUUAAUUACCCAAAUAUAUUUUAAGUUGAUAUUGUUUUGUAGUUUAUAUGUAGUGCUGUUGUGAUGAGCAUGUUUCUUGCUAAAAAAGGUCAGUUAUGUAUACAGACAUACGCAAUGAAUGCACAAUCCUGUGUUUUUAUCACAUUCAUUUCAAAUUUGUGUCAUUUGGUGUGCACACAGAACCUGUAAACUUUAUUUUGCCCUUAAGAUCAUGUGGAUACAUUACUUAUGAUCUUGGCAGGAAUAUAAUUGCAUGCAUUUUAGUACCACAUCAUGCAGAUUAAAAAAUAAUCAUAAUUGUAAAUUGUA